UUUACGGCGUCGACGCGACUGUCGCGUGCGCGGUCGUAAUAUUGUUUUAUUCCGUUUAUUCGGAGCUGAGUGGCGCGGGCGGCGGCCGGCAGUUCCCGAGCGACCGCCGCCGCGCUACUGUCUACCUGACACACCACCACCUUAUAAAUUAAAUUCGAAAUUUAAAAAUCAAAGAUGGCGUACACCUGGGACAACAGAGUCGCGUUCGUCGUCCGAUUUCUGUACGACAUCGACAACAACGGGUACCUAGACGCCCGUGACUUCCAAUGCCUGGCGCUCCGGUCCUGUGUGAUCGAGGGCAAGGGUGACUGCAGUGCCGCCCGGCUGCAGAAGUACCAGCACAUCAUGCUCAGCCUCUGGGAGGAGAUCGCUCAACUCGCGGACUUCGAUAAGGUGCCAGACUAUGACGGCAUGAUCACCGUUGAGGAAUUUAAGACGGCUGUGAAGAACACUUGUGUGGGGAAGAAGUACGAUCAGUUUCCUCAGGCGAUGAGAGCGUUUAUCGAGUCCAACUUCAAAAUGAUCGACAUAAACUCCGAUGGAGUGAUCGGCGUCGAGGAGUAUCGAUACGACUGCAUACAGCGGAUGGUCGUCGAGGACAUCAAAGUCAUAGAUGACGCUUUCAAUUCCUUGUUAAAUGACGAUGACAGAAAGGUUGGCGGCCUCACAAUAGCGAGAUACCAGGAGCUGUUCGCCGAGUUCCUCGGAGACACCAACGAGAACUGUCAAGCGAAACACCUCUUCGGACCUUUAGAACUAUAGAUAGUCCGCUAAAAAUAUAGGCCCACGACUGACACACCUACUUUAAGACAUUUAUAAAAAUUACACGUAAAAUUAAGAUCGGCUUCGAUGAUCAAAAUUGACAAAAAGACGAACUGCAAAAAAGGAAAAUACGCCGGCCUUUGGAGCUCGAAUGGUUCUUCAAAGACUGCCAAUCGAAGCCGGUCCAAAAGCAUUUGUAUAUUGGCAUAAGAACAACAAAUUACGAGAUCGGCAAUAUUUCACUUACUGACAAUGUAGCGGGAACACAUCGCCCGCCAUUGUCUAUAUUUACAACUGCGCUUUCCGCCGACGCGGAAAUGGCGCCAAAAAUACACAACAUCGCAUCGAAACGAUUAAAAAUACACAUGAUGCGUUCAGAAACUGAUCAAUAAUAAAAAAAAUACUUAUAUAUUUUUAAAUAACAAGAUUAUAUAUUAUAUUUUUAAAACAAUUAUAUUCUUAGAUGUAACGCUAGUUGAUAAAUUAAACAAUAGUUAUUAAUUCCCGUUCUUUGUUAUUAUAAACAUAUUACUCGAUUGUUGUUUCGAUUUUUUUCUUAAUUGCACUCAGUGAUAUAAUAUUGUUAAGUUGUUUUGCAGUUUGAGAGUUAAAUAUGGUUUUCUUAGACUUUUGGAGUGUUAAAUUCCCCUUAUCGUUUUCUAUUAUGUAUGAGAUGGUAUCAUUAUAAUUAUAUUUAAUGAAACGAACGAAAAAACUGGCAGGUUUUUAUACGAAUUAAAUCUUAUAUACAAUGGCAGUAACUUUUACGACUAUGUGGGGAAUAAGUACGGGCAAUGUUGAUGUUGUGCUCAAUCAUACAAAAUGAAUCUAGUCACCGCGAUGUUCUUGAUAUUACUUUUAAUUUAUUUGUAAAUAUUUGUUAUUGAUAAACAGAUUAUCUAAAUUGUUUUAAUAAAAAACGAAAAAGCCGA